AUGGCGAUGGCAGAAAAGAAAAACGAAUACCCAGCGAGUGUGGAGGCGGACAGAAAGCUAUUGCCUUUUGAUACUUGGGAAGACUACUUAGACUCUCUCAUCGAGCUUACUGAUCUAAGAAACUUGAGAAGCAUCACUUCAGCAAGGACUAUUGCUGCCUUUGGAUACAGAGCAAAUGGUGAUACUCUUUCCGAAAAGGAGUUUUACGCCCGUCGACAAGUAAUCGAAAGCAUUGUGUUUCCAAAAGCCAAAGCGUAUGUGUUGGUCAGUGAGGGAGCAGAUCUAGAAGAUAAUUUUACUAGGGAGCUCGCUGUGCGAGAACGAGCCAACAGGGUCGGAAUUUUGCAAUCCAUUGUCUUCAUCCGACACUUCACGAAAGGAGGAUUCGAAAUAUCUGGUUACAUAGACUACGCUCACCGACUGUUAACUGAGAACUGGGGAUCAUUUUUUAGAGGCAAAAAGAUGUUGUGGCCGAAGGAAAAUGACCUUGGUUACUAUCAUUGGCGGCAUGGCACCGUGAGGAGUAAUAUAAGCAGAAAUUAUAAGCCAGUAAUGGACCCAGAGAAAGGAUUGAUAUUCCAGAAUCGACACGACCAUAAGAUCAUAUGUCCGGACCCACAACAAGACCCAGGACAGAACACUACAAAACAGAGAAUAUACUCAAAAAAAUACACCCAGAUUGAAAUAUACGACCAUGUAGUUAGAAGAAGAAGCUGA